AUGUCGACCACAUCCCGCUUGGUGCCAGCGUCUUCACGGACACUUCUUCUUACUUUAGACGCGUUCGGUACGCUCUUCCAUCCGCGCCUCCCCGUCCCUGAACAGUAUGCCGCGACCGCCCACCAAUUCGGACUAUCACCCACCGCCAUCACCCCGAACAAACUCAAAACUGCGUUCAAGGACACAUUUCGCGAGCAAUCGCGUCGAUAUCCAAAUUACGGCCGCGCAGACGUUCUUCGGGGGCAAUAUGGGGGUCCGAGGCAGUGGUGGGAGGAAGUCAUCCGGGGUAGUUUCACCCGUGUUUUAGCUGCAGAUAACCCAACGCCGCUUGGAGAACCGCAGCAGUACGAAGGACAAAUGCACAAUAAUAUUGACCUCCCGGCUGGUGUGGUGGAAGCUUUACUCGACCGGUUUGCGAACUCGGAUGGAUAUGCGUUUUAUGACGAUGUGGUGCCUUUCUUCCAGCGAAUGCGAAAGCUCAAAGCCGCUGGAAAGUGGUCAUAUGAUCGUAUUAUUGUUGGUGUUGUCUCCAACUCUGAUGAUCGUGUUCCGGCGGUGCUGAGAUCAUUGGGACUGGAGGUCGGUGAUGUGCGCGCGGACCAGGAUCGAUCGAGUAUGGAGCUCCCCGGUUUCGAGCAUCGCGCAGGCACAGACAAGGCCCACGAGAAAAGCUUCGUGGAGCUUUCGGAUCAAAAUCUCAACAUUGAUAUUGAUAUGGUAAUUACGAGCUAUGAAGCUGGCGAAGAGAAACCUCAUCGCUUGAUGUUUGACGUGGCCAAGCGACAGGCUUUACUAGUUUCCCGUCCCUGGAUAACUAGAUCGACCAAAUUCUCCGCUAUACAUGUUGGAGAUGAUCUCCAAAAGGAUUGUCGUGCCGCAAGAGCUGCUGGCUGGCAGACUUAUUUUAUGCCUCGAGAUCAGUUCGUGUAUUACGAGGACGACGUGAAGGAAAUAGGUGGUCUCCUCGAUCUGAUGGACAAGCUUGAGCUUGCGCCAUGA